CAAGUAGGUGGUGUGGGCAAUGCGCAGAGUAGGGGGACGGAUGCCGAAACCUGAGAAGCAUCGGAUGACGCUAGAAGAGGCCAUUGCAGCGGGAGAGGUGGCGCGAGCGCUGGCGAUGGUGGCUUCUGAGGUGCGCCCGCCACGGGCGGCGGCCGAGGCUGGCAAGUUGGCGGUGAACGGGCGCGAUGUGCGCGGUGAGACGCCGCUGCAUGCGGUAGUGGCGGCGUUGGUAGAGGGUCGGUUGGGCAUUUCUGGCGCGGUUGACCUUGUGGUUGCGCUUCGCAUGGCAGGGGCCAUGGUCAAUGCCCGCGAGUGCAUGCAGCGCAACACGCCGCUGCAUGCGGCGCUCCUCGGUCGCGCACCCGGUGAGGUGCUCAUGGCGCUUGCGGACGACGCGUAUGCGGCGCACCCGCCAGACACGCUACUGGCAAGCGGGUCGGCGUACUCGGGUAUCCGUCGCGAGUGGCAUUCGACGUACGAGCUACACGCGUCGGCGGCCAACGCCGACGGCAAGUGCUACCUCCAUCUCGCCGCCGAGAUCAACGCUGUGGAGCUGGCGCACUACCUGCUCGACCGCUCGGAGCGGGGAGCGGUGGGCUCGGGUCAUGCGCUAGACGUCAACUCCGUUGACCACGAGGGCUCGACGGCGCUCCACAUAGCGGCACUCUUGGGGCGGAGCGCUAUUGUCGAGCUCCUUGUAGCGCACCCGGACAUCCAGCUCGACGUGUGCGAUUCGUCGGGCUGGACUCCGCUGCACAUGUCGACGGUUGGCGGGCACGCAGCGACAGUAGAAACGCUGCUAGUGGCAGGCUCUGAUCUCUUCAUCCGCACCCACGAGGGCUCUUCGGUCCUAGACUAUUGUGCCGACGAGGACGAUCCCGAUGCUUGCGAGGUUUACGACGUCAUGGCGCUCCAUGCCGAGGAGCUCGGCUUUGAUUUGGCCGCUGAGAUGGAAGCCGAGGCAGCAGCCGAAGAAGCCGCCGAGGCCGAUGCCAAUGCCGAGGCUGAGGCCGGGUGGGGCGACGAGGGCGACGAGUGGGAUGACGACGACGGCAGAGAAGACCAAGUGUUUGUGACACAGGCGCGAGGCAACGAAGCGUGGCGACCGUGA